GUACAAGCUGUUGGCGGGGUGUGCGGCAUGUUUGGUCAAAGGAAAAGAAACAGCAGGCGUUUGUGACUAUUGUUUGUACUGCUACAAGCGACAUGGCUCUGCUACGUGAGAGGAACACAAAGGCUCCAAAUGCUUCUGAGAUAGAGAAGAAAAUUAAAAGAGGUAACGCGCUGAGGCAGGGGUCCUCUUGGCGGGGGUCCCGCGGGCUGGUGGCCUUGCUGCUUGUGUCUUUGUGUGCGGCGGCCACAUGGCUGUACUUGAGCUCUCUGGAUGACGACAUCACAGAAACACUGGCCAGCCGGGGGGAGCUGGUCUCACCCAAGCCCAGAGUCUACAGCGUCCAGUGCUCCGAUGACUAUGAGAACUACAAACGUUACCCAGGAUGCACCCCUCACAAGUGCGGCCGUGCAGUCACAGACGGCGUGGUGACGAGGGAGGAGGCUCAGGUCCUCAGGAGGCUGGCUGAGAGGGGGCUGGCGCUAGCUGGGUCAGAGGGAGGAGCUUCCAUACUGGACCUGCACUCUGGAGCGUUGUCAAUGGGAAAACAAUUUGUGAACAUAUACAGGUACUUUGGAGAUCAGAUCAAGAAUGUGUUCACACCAGAGGAUUUCAAGCUUUACAGAGAUGUUCGUGGCCGAAUCCAGGCUGUCAUUGCUGAGACGUUUGGCUUGGACCUAAAUCUGAUGUACCUCACCAAACCUACCUUCUUCUCCAGAAUCAACAGCACCGCAGCCAAGACCCAACACGACGAAUACUGGCACCCGCACAUAGAUAAGGUGACUUAUGGCUCUUUUGACUACACUUCUCUUCUGUAUCUGUCUGACUACGGCUCUGACUUCACCGGAGGAAGAUUUGUCUUUAUGGACCAAAGCGGCAACCGAACUGUGGAACCACGAGCAGGACGAGUCUCUUUCUUCUCUUCUGGCUCGGAGAACCUCCACCGCGUAGAGAAGGUAACAUGGGGGACGCGUUACGCCAUCACCGUGUCCUUCACUUGUGACCCUGCUCACGCCAUCUCUGACCCCACCCUGCCCUGAGACAUCCAUGGAUGAUGGAUGACGAUGCUGACGGCCCAUCUGCUCGGACAAGCCCUGCAACAAAGAGAGGGAACAUGGGGAGGAAAAAGAUUUUAUAUGGAGGUUUUAUUUGUAAAAUCGAUAUACUUUUGCUGUAAAUUUAGUAUUUGUAUUUUUCCCCCCUUUUUGUAACAGAAACAAGUGACACAGGGUCUCCCGCUCAGAUGUACAGGAGUCUUUCUGUAACAGACUGCAAUCCCAGUUUUCUAUAAAAAAUAUCUCUUUAUUACUAUUACAGGGUUUUUUUUCAAGCUAUUUAGGCAUAAUAAAUUUGACAUGGUCACUAAUCUUUGCAUUUGGAGCCAUAUCAGAGAAAUCAGAGAAAAUCAGAGAAAAAACACAAACAGCCAAAAUAAGUUUUUCGUCCACAGAAUUUUCAAUGAAACAGAUCUGAAGAGGCUGAACGAGGAUUGUCUGUUUUCUGCAGGGUUUUUAUUUGAGAGUAACCUGUCAAAUCCUUCGAAAGGAAACAUAAAUCCGGUGAAUGAUUGAAACAACUUUCCUGACCAAAUCCCCCUCUCAGGGAACUAGCCUCUCAUUAAGAAGGCACAUUUUUUCUUUAAGAUGAAUCUCUCCAUGUCCAGAUGCUAAGACUCUUUGCUGUUGGUGAGGACAGUUUGCAGUAAUGUACUGACCUGAUGAAGUCUUUGUUUUUCUGCCUCAUUUUAACGCACAAAUGUUCUGUUUGUUUUUCUUCCUGUAAUUAAGAAACCCAAAUGCUCAACUAAGUAUUCCGUACUUAUUAAAUCAACAGUCACUGA